UCCUAACACAAACACAAACACAAACACAACUACAAAUUCAACAAUGCUAUCUUUCUCUCAAUUUCCAGUCCCUCUCUUCUUUUUCCUCUCUAUCCUCCUCACCCUCCAGCAGCAUUGCCUUGCAGCAAACUGCCACGUGGACGAUGAGACCGGGUUGUUAGGUUUCAAAUCAGGCAUCAAAUCUGACCCGUCGGGUCUUCUAUCAAGCUGGAAAGCGGGAACCGAUUGUUGCAAAUGGUCGGGUAUAUCUUGUGGGGAAAACAAUCGGGUCACAAGUCUAUCAAUUAGUGGACAACCCGAGAAAAACCAAAUCUUAUCCGGUACCAUCUCUUCAUCUCUCUCCAAACUGAAAAAGCUAACCAGUAUUUAUCUUACGAAUCUUAAGAACUUAUCAGGUACACCGAAUUUUCUCCUUGCUUUUCCUGAAAUUCAAAUAGUUUACGUCGAAAACAACAAGUUAUCAGGUCAUAUACCCGCAAGCAUCGGUAACUUCACCCAACUUUUUGCAUUGAGUUUUUUGGGUAACCGGUUAACUGGCCCGAUACCGAGUUCUAUCGGCCAAUUAACUCAGGUGAGUCAGCUCAAAUUAGGUGAUAACUUGCUCACCGGCACAAUUCCCAAGGCAUUUAGCAAGCUCAAAAGUUUAAGUUAUUUGAGCUUAGAGAAAAAUCAACUGACUGGGUCGAUACCAAAUUUUUUCAAUUCCCUAUCUGAACUUAGAAUCCUGACACUAUCGUACAACAAAUUUACUGGCAAUAUUCCAACGAGUAUAACUGCUCUGGCUCCACAGUUAAGAUUCCUUGAGGUAGGACACAAUUAUUUAUCCGGGAAAAUCCCGGAUUUUCUCGGAAAAUUUCGUGCCCUAGACACGUUAGAUCUUUCUUAUAACAGAUUCUCGGGAACUGUGCCAAAAACUUUUGCAAAUCUGACCAAAAUAUUUAAUCUUGAUUUAUCCCACAAUCUUCUUGUGGAUCCAUUUCCAACAUUGUUUGUAAAAGGCAUAGAGUCUCUAGAUCUAUCGUAUAAUAAUUUCCACUUAGGUAAAAUUCCAAAUUGGGUGACUACAUCUCCAAUUAUAUACUCGUUGAAGCUAGCAAAAUGUGGGAUCAAGAUUAAAUUGGAUGAUUGGAAGCCAAAGACAACGUAUUUUUACGACUAUAUCGAUUUAUCAGAUAAUGAGAUUAGUGGUAGUCCAAUUGGGUUGUUGAACAAGACUGAUUUCUUGGUAGGAUUUUAUGCUUCUGGGAAUAAAUUGAAGUUUGAUUUGGAGAAAUUGAGAAUUGUUAAUACAUUGAAGGAUUUGGAUUUGUCUAGGAAUAUGGUUUAUGGGAAAGUUCCAAAGGCAAUUUCUGGACUAAACAAGUUGAAUUUGAGUAGUAAUCAUUUGUGUGGUCAGCUUCCACCAACAAAGUUUGGGGCUAAUUCUUUUGCUGGAAAUGAUUGUCUUUGUGGUUCACCAUUGCCCACCUGCAAACCUUAGUGUUUCCAUUGUAUUGUUUUAACUUAUAAUUAAUUAUUAUGUACUACUAGUAAUAAUAAUUUGGUGUUUUACAA